CUUUUGUACGACUGUUACUAUAUAUUAUUAGAAUAGAUGUGUUUUUUUGUGCUUUUUAUUUUUAUUAGAGUGAAAAAGCAAAUUUAUACCGUUCCUUAUCAACAUAAGAGGUUGUCGGAAAACUUUUUAGUAAGCACGAUAAACGAUAUAGUUAAACAUACAAAAGGGAAAAAAAGAAAGAUUACUCCCUAUAUUGAUUUGAAUAUGUGGUGCUUCACAACAUAUACAGCCAGGUGCCGGCCCGUUCUUCGGACUGCAAGAUUUUCCUUUUAUGAGCAGAUGUUCUUAUAUGCAGAUUCUCAGGAAGAAUGCUUCGAUUCCAUCGGACAGGCUCCUGUCAUCGGCGCAGAGGGAUACUGGUGCUACACACGUCUCUUUUACGAUGUAAAUCGGAAGCCGAUACGGAAAGUGCCGGUGGGCAAAGGUAGCUGGAAUCUGCAUGACACAAAGUCCAUGGGCAGCGGGGAUGGAGAAAAAUGGUGCAAGCGAAAGUUGAGGUAUGGCGACAAUAGAGUUCACACACCCAAGUUCAUGAUGACACAAUAUUCGCUUGGAGAAAAAGAUGAUCAGCCCAACUACGCUAUCUGUCAGAUUUUUCGGAUCGCUGACACGGCGGCUGGAUUUCGGGAAGCUGCAGGGGGCUCUCGUCCUUCAGGCACAAGUCAGAGGGAUCUCCUCCAAAACGACGUUGUACCAUCAGGUAUAGGAAGAAAAAAAUAUAGAUUGGUCAAGGUUUUUAAUUCGAUAAGUAAAAUACGACAUAACAUGCGUGCAAGAGAGAAAAUUCAAUAUUAUCUGAAAUAACAAUCACUUGAGCAAGAUAUAUUCCACUCGAGAAUAAAUCAAAAUGUUUGCAUUCCAUGUGUCUUACUUUUUUCCAAUUCAUGCAUCUGAAUUUUCUUUUCUAGUUUGUUGUACAUUAUGCAAGCUAAUUUAUUUCAUUAAUUGUACGGCAUACUGUGCAACACAUGUUUCAUGCAUACAAAAAGUUCUCGUAAUGUGAGCAUUUUCUGUAGCUUGUGAAAAUUAGUGGAAUCCAUGGACGUUUAGGUAAUGACUUGUUUUUCAAUAAGCUUGGUUGGAUAAUGAGUUGCGAGGCCCGCAUCUAAAACACCUGGUGAACUUACAGCUUGCACUAAAAGGCAACCCCAAAAAUUUUUCAUUAAUUAAUUAUGUUUUAAGUUUUAGGAGGAUCCCUAGUUUCAUGAUUUGUCACUCCUUUGAUUAGUAUGUUUCUAAUUAUUGAGAUGCUUGGA